UUACUUGGCACAAGAUUUGUUUGUGCAGGAAUUAAACCAAGGGUUAAAUAAUCCAAUGAGAUGCACCUGGCGUGACGUCAAAAAUUACUGCUUUAAGAAAAAUUAACACGAGACAUUUUCUAAAUAUUUUCUGUGGCGUGUAUGUUUGUUUACAACUGAGAAGUGGUUUCAACGCUUCGCUUUAGUGCAGGAUGAGCUUACGGAUUACUCAAUGUAAACUACCCAUAAAACUGAGCAUCUUGGGACUAAGCCUAUUAAUCGCCAUUCUGUGGGUAUUACUGCUUGAUCUAGGAGGGCAGAGGUCUGCCAGCUACUGGUAUCAAGAUCUUCCCUUAAAGCCAAGAUAUAGAGGCAGUGCGAGAAGGAAUUCCAGUGCCUUCUGGCAUGUUCAGACGCAUACCUCUAUACCACCUUUUGAAAGGGCUUUUGCAUUAUCUGGAGAUGCCAGAUGUUCCUCUGGUUUCUACAGCAUGGAAGAGCUCAGGCCUCACAUAGAGAGACCUCAGGAGGAUCCAGAAGGACCUGGGGCUGAUGGAAAGCCCUUCACAACUGGCAUCUUGACACCUGUAGAGCUUAGGGAGAAGCAGGAGGGUCUUAACAGAAAUGGCUUCAACCAGUUUGCCAGUGACCGCAUCUCCCUCCACCGCAGUCUUGGUGUCGACACGCGGCCUCCAGAAUGCAUUGAGCAGAAGUUCAGCAGAUGUCCACGGUUGCCCACUACCAGUGUGAUCAUUGUGUUCCACAACGAGGCAUGGUCCACUCUUCUCCGCACCAUCAGCAGUGUCUUACACACUACACCGGCUGUUUUACUUAAAGAAAUCCUACUGGUGGAUGAUGCAAGUACUCAAGAUCAUCUCAAAGCCCCAUUAGAGCAGUAUGUCCAGUCUCUUCAGAUUGUGCGUGUGUUGAGGCAGCGUGAGAGGAAAGGUCUAAUCACUGCUAGACUGAUGGGUGCACGAGAGGCUGGAGGACAGGUGCUCGCCUUCCUGGACUCCCACUGUGAGUGUUUCUAUGGUUGGUUGGAGCCCCUGUUGGCCCGGUUAGUUCAGGAACCUACCACAGUUGUGAGCCCAAGCAUUGCUGUCAUCAACAAGAACAACCUACAGUUCAUUAAGCCAAUGAUGUCGGCCCCCACACAUACUCGGGGGAACUUUGACUGGAUCCUGAGCUUUGGCUGGGAGUCUAUACCUGAAGAAGAGCGGGUGAAACGCAAAGAUGAAACCUAUCCUGUCAGGACACCCACUAUUGCCGGAGGGCUUUUUGCCAUUUACAAGCAGUUCUUUGAACACGUUGGAACUUAUGAUGACAAGAUGGAGUUUUGGGGAGCAGAGAACAUAGAAAUGUCAUUUAGGGUAUGGUUGUGUGGAGGCAGUCUAGAGAUCAUUCCCUGUUCUGUGGUCGGCCACAUUUUUCGCACCAAAAGUCCCCAUUCCUUCCCUAAAGGCAUAGAUGUGAUCGCACGCAACCAGGUUCGCCUCGCAGAAGUCUGGAUGGAUGAUUACAAGAAGAUUUUCUACAACAGAAAUCAGAAGGCUGCUGCCAUUGCAGCAGAGAAAUCAUAUGGGGACAUCAGUGAGCGCCUGAAGCUCAAAGAGAAGCUGCAUUGCAGAAAUUUCUCUUGGUACCUAGAAAACAUUUUCACUGAGGGCUUUGUGCCCGAUUUGAACCCUGUGCUGUUUGGAUCGUUGAAGAACAUUGCCACAAACACUUGUCUUGAUAUUGGUGAGAAAAAUCCUGGAGGGAAGUCGGUGGUUUUAUUUAUUUGCCACAAAAUGGGAAUAAAUCAGUAUUUUGAGUACACGUCACAUCAGGAGCUGAGGCAUAAUAUUAAUAAGCAGCUGUGUCUGCAUGCGACAAUCGAGCCUGCACCUGUGCGAGUGGAGCUGUGCAGCUUUCAGGGUGAAGGAACCGUCCCAGCUCCACAGCAGACGUGGAGUUUCAUUCUUGUUUCCCAACAGAUAUAUCUUCUCCUCAAUGUUCUUUUCAGUAAGUGUUUAAUGGUGGAGUAUGGCAACAUCAUCAUGAAAAACUGUGAUCCUGCCAACAGUUAUCAGCACUGGUCUUUCAUCUGAUAUGAAGUCAAAAGGGGCUCGUCCUCCUUUUUUUGGAAUCUUGUACAAAACAGAAGAGCA